AACGAUGUAUUAAAAAUGUUAAUAAUAACUUAUUAUUAGGAUAUGCCAGAUUUGAAUUUAGUGAUAAAGAUAUUAAAGAUUUAAAAGGAUCUGUUAGCGGUCAUGCUUAUAGCAUUUUGCUUGCUGCUGAGACUGAUGAUGGUAUUAAACUUUUACAAAUAAGAAAUCCUUGGGAACAGCUGAAUGACUGGUAUGUUGAUUCAAUUAAAAACGCUUGGAGUGAUGGGAGUAAAGAAUGGAUUCCUGAAAGUAUGAUUCAACUAAACCACAGAUUCGGUGAUGAUGGUACUUUCUGGGUGUGUUAUGACGAUUUCCUUAAUUAUUGGGAUAUGAUUGAUAAAUGUAGAUUAUUUGAUUCAAGUUGGACUGUUUACAUGACUUGGAUUAAUUAUAAUGUUGUGUCAAGGUCUAAAGGAAAGUUUAAACUAAGUUUACCAGAAGAAUAUCAUCUGAUUAUAGUUCUUCAACAGCCUAAUAAUAGAUAUUUUUGUAAUGAACCUAAAUAUGAUGAAACUUCUUCUUACUUAGCCCGUAGUCGUUCGACAUUUGCUUUCGCUUCUCGUAGCAUAAACCAUGAAGUUAAACUUCCAGCUGGUGACUAUGUAAUUAUUCCACAUGUAGACCGUGAAACUAUUGAUCGAACUGAGGAAAAUCAAGAACCAAAGCAAGAAAAAGAUUCUGAAAUUGAAGCUAAAAAACAUAAAAAAGAUGAUGAAAAAGGUGAAGAAAAAGAUCCAGAGGUUGAUACUAAAGUUAUUAAUCCUAAAGAUGAUGAGAAAAAGGAUGAUGAGAAAAAGGAUGAUGAGAAAAAGGAUAAUGAAAAAAAGGAUGAUGAAAAAAGGAUUAAUGAGAAAAAUGACCAAAUUAUCAUU